AUGUACAAUUCCCCAGCUGGCUUCGUCCCAGAGCAGCUGUCACUACUCCAUGGUAUGACGAUUGCGCGGAUAUUUGAUGUUGGCUCUGCCGAGGGAGCCGUGGACGUCGAGGUGUCGGUCGUUGACGUUGGAGACGUGUCUGCCAUGCUUGUUGACGAGGCUGAGGUGCUAUCUGGAGUCGCAUCCGCUCCUGUUGGUGUCGGUGUCGUUGAGUCGCCGCCCUCGCUGUUCUUGGAUCCUACGACACCCCCGACUACUGCCGCGACAAUAAUGCAUAUUACCACCGCCGCUAUCGCAGCCCAAAAGCGGCGUCGUUUUUGCCAGGGCCUCGUGGCGUGA